UCUAAACUCGGAGUGAGUGUUAUGUUGUUGUUAUUAAAGAUGGAUGUCGCAACAAGAUUCUCUCUAUUCUCUGACUCCAUUUUCAAAUUUCAAUUACUUUAUACUAUUUCAUUUAUCUAUCAUUCUUAUCAUAAAUUCAAAUCAAUUUAGCAAUAACAAUGAAGACCAACAACAAGCUGAGUAGUAAUUUCGAGAUGAAGCAAAGAGUACACAAUGCAUUAAACAAAGUUGGAGAUCGAGACACACACGAUAUCGGAACCAAAGAGCUCGAAACAAUCCUCCACUCAUUAACUCCACAUUCCAUCUCCCCAUUCCUCUCUUGCAUUCUCGACAUUCACUCCGAACUAAAACCUUCCAUCAGAAAACAAUCUCUCAAACUCAUCGCUUCACUCGCCACAGUUUAUGAAUCUCUUAUACUCCCACAUCUCACCAAAAUUGUUGCCUCUGUUGUUAAAUGUUUUAGAGAUCCAGAUUCUUCUGUUAGAGAAGGUUGUGUUGAAAUUUUCUCUGUUUUAGCUUUGAAAUUAGCGAAUCAAGGUAAUGAAGAUAAGGUGUUUGUGUUAUUGUCUAGUCCAAUUUUUGACGCUCUUGUUGGUGAACAGAAUAAGCAUGUUCAGUCUGCUUCUGCUUUUUGUCUUGCUGGUAUUGUACAAAACACGCGGAAUCCUCCUGUUUCGGUUUUGUAUGGUAUGUUGAUUAGGAUUCUUAAGUUGCUUAAGAAUCCACAUUUUAUGGCGAAACCUGCGUUGAUUGAGUUGAAUAGGUGUAUUAUUCAGGCUGGUGGAGCUUCGACGCAGAGUGUUCUUUUGACUGCUGUUGGUAGUAUUAGAGAGGGUUUGAAUGAUACGGAUUGGAAAACACGUAAAGCGGCUUCCGUUGCGUUGGGACAAAUUGCUUUGACUCGUGCUUCGUUCUUGUCGUCUUUGAGGGCUUCUUGUAUUCAUUCUCUUGAUUCAUCGAGGUUUGAUAAGGUCAAACCGGUGAGGGAUGCGGUUUUACAAGCUCUUAAAUAUUGGAAAAUGCUUCCGGGUCAUUAUACUACCGAGCCUUCGGAAACUGGGUCCUCCUUAAAAGAAAAUAUCUGCGGAGGUGACUCUGUCGAUCUCAGUAGUACUACUACUACUGAGUCCAGGCAUAGAGAUGUUAGGCUCCAAAAAGUUAAUAUGAAAUCAACUACGGGAAGGAUUCCUUUGUCUGUAAGAAAAGCAUGUCAAAAUGAUGUUGGCCAUCUUCGCCAUCCCAAAACAGAUGAUUGGCACGUUGAAGUUGCAGUCCCCAGAACACAUUCUGUAGUGGAAUUCCAUACUGAAGAAUUUGAGGCCAGUUCUGUCACCAAGCCACUAAUAACAAUGAGUGCUGAUGUUACAAGUAUGCAGGGUGUGGGUUAUGAAUAUGGGCCUAUGGAUGAUAAGCAGGAGUGCUCUUCUGUUUCUAACUACGAAACCAAGUUUUUAACUUCCCAUGACUGCUUUGUAAACAAUGGACCACAGAAGCCAAAUGGGAGAAGCCAACGGUUAGAUGAAGGAAUAAGCUGCAAUGAACAAAUUGACUCCAUAAAGAUGCAGGAUCCUAAAAGUUCUGAUUCUACAGUCACCGAAUCAAGUCCCCAAAUUACACAUCAAUGUUGUUUACAAAGGGCAAAUGAAAUGACUUGUAUUCGGAAUCAACUUUCAGAUAUUGAAAUCAAACAGGAAAACAUGAUGCAUCAAUUACAGAUUUUUACAACUGGCAUAAUGGAUGCCCUUUCUACAAUCCAAUCAAGAAUGUUAGGCUUGGAAAAUGUAGUUGAUAGAUUAUCUCGAGAAUCUUUAAAAGGAGGAAGACAUUCUUUUUCAGAAAACUCCAAAUUUGUGAGGCAGAGCCAAAAUGUCGCUUCUCCCAGGAUCUCCGUAUGCACUCCAAAGCCAUCUUCAGAAAGUAGUACUAAGCAAUCAGGCUUGUUUUUGGUGAAAAGUAGUGAAAGUUUGGAAAAAAGAUCAUUUUCAAGGAGCCAACCGAGGAUUCAUGCUGGAGAUAGUGUGGAUAUGUGUAAAAGUUACAAGGUCAAGACUGCCCCAAAAGUCAGAGAGGAUAAUUUGAACAGCUUAGGGGAGGAUAGACAAAGCACGUGUUCUGCUCAAGUGAGAAAGAAUGGUAGUAUCUUUUCCUCUGCUGCCAAAACCAAUGCUAGAAAUGGUUGUCCUGAGAGUAACACAAACUAUUGGAAAUGUGUGAAUCGUCUUGUAUGUGAAGGAGAUCUAAACUCUGCAUAUAUGGAAGCUUUGUGUUCAGGUGAUGAACUAAUUCUCAUUGAGCUUCUAAAUAAAACUGGUCCAGUUAUAGAAAGUUUAUCGGGGAAAACUGUCAAUGUUCUUCUUAGUACUUUAGCACCGUAUCUUCUGGAAGGAAAGUUUUUCAAUACCAUAAUCCCGUGGCUGCAGCAGGUUGUUGAAAUGAGCACUGUCCAUGGACCAAAUUGCAUUGCUCUUUCUAUUGAAGUCGAAGAGCAGCUUUUAUAUGCAAUUCAAGAGGUUGUGAACUUGAAUAUUUUCAGCCAUGCAGAAAAGAGGCGUGCUGCUGAAUUAGCAAUAAAAUUACAUCAUAUCUGGAGUAAGAUUAAUGAAAGUUAAUAAUGUGUUUAUGUCAUAAAAAUAAUGUAUCCAAGCCAUUUUCUGUGGGGGCACUGAUCUCGUUCCUGGUUCAACUCCAAAAGCCGGUUUGUUGUAUGUAUUUUGUAACUGAACAUCUUGUUUGGUGAAUAUUUUUCGAGGGAAAUGUUUUUAAUUGCUAGUAAACUCAUUAGAAAUAUUACUGUGUUGUUCAUUACAUCUUUAAAGUUGUUAGAUA